GGCCGUCAUGGCACAGGGAGAAUGCGCAUGCGUGUGAGGUGAUGCGCCGUCGCGUUCAGAGGAUGCUUGGCGCGCUGCCUGCGUGCUCCUGCAGUGUGUGCGUGCUGGCGCAAAGCGCGGCCUUAGCUCGGUGCUCGUCCUCAUCAACAACAACAACAACAACCGGACAAAGUGUUUCCCGGUUCCCGGUGCUCGAACCCCCAGGAGGACGCGCACGGCCAGGGCCUGUGUGACGAUGACGGAGACAGUGAAGUACGUGGACGACGAACACAAGAGCAUCUUCCUGAAGCUGCUGAACGAGCAGCGGCUGGAGGGCGAACACUGCGACAUCGCCGUGGUGGUCGAAGACGUCAAGUUCCGUGCUCACCGCUGUGUCCUCGCCGCCUGCUCCAACUACUUCAAAAAACUCUUCAAGAAACAUGAGGUGGACAACUCAUCUGUGAUUGAGAUCGACUUUAUCCGCUCCGACAUCUUUGAGGAGGUGUUAAACUACAUGUACACGGCAAAGAUCUCCGUCAGGAAGAGAGAUGUUAACCUGAUGAUGUCAUCAGGACAAAUCCUGGGCAUCCGCUUCCUCGACAAGCUGUGCUCGCAGAAACGAGACGUGUCAUCGGAAGACAAAGACAAGUUUCCGUACGACAUCGUGAAGAUGGCUCUGCCGCCGGAGGCUCAGCUGGCUGCUGAGUCUGAGGUCCUCGGGGAGCACGACGAUACGCCCACCGCCGAUGACCUCGUUGAGGCAUCAGCCAAUCAGGAGUUGGAUAAGUCUCCCAGUGCAGCGCUACGUGUCCAGGAAGCAAUCCUGAAGGAACUGACCAAUGAGGAUGUACACAAGGUUACGUGUUAUGACCCGGAUGUGGUGACAGACAUGGAGGCUGAGCCUAAAGAGCUAGGGGCGGAGCAUCACGCCACCCAGACGCUGACGUUUGCUGACAGUAUGGGCGAGGUGAAAGACGAGCAGCCGCCUGGUUGGUCUACAGCGACGACCGACAUGAAGUUUGAAUAUUUGUUGUAUGGACACAGAGAACAACUUGCCUGUCAGGUGUGUGGGAAGAGCUUCCUGGACGAGAGCCGCCUCAGGAAACACGAGAAGCUUCACUCGGCCGAGCGUCCGUUUGCGUGUGAGAUCUGCACCAAAGCUUUCACCACACACGCUCACCUGAAAGAACACCUGAAGAUCCACACGGGAUUCAAACCAUAUCGGUGUGACGUUUGUGGAAAAUCGUUCAUCAGAGCGCCGGACCUUAAAAAACAUGAACGAGUUCACAGCAACGAGAGACCAUUCGCCUGCCAGAUGUGUGACAAGGCGUUUAAACACAAGUCUCACCUGAAGGAUCACGAGAGGAGACACAGAGGAGAGAAACCAUUUGUCUGUCCGUCCUGCACCAAGGCCUUUGCCAAGGCAUCAGAUCUGAAGCGUCAUGAAAACAACAUGCACAGUGAGAGAAAGCAGCUGAAUCCACUGCAGAGCGACACAGAGACACUGCAGGCCGCCGCCAUGGCUGCAGAGGAGCAACAUCUGGACAGCAUCAGCUGAUCCAAACAUCUGGACAGCAUCAGCUGAUCCACACAUCUGGACAGCAUCCGCCGAUCCAAAACAUCUGGACAGCGUCCGCCGAUCCAAACAUCUGGACAGCAUCAGCCGAUCCAAACAUCUGGAGAGCAUCAGCUGAUCCAAACAUCUGGACAGCAUCCGCCGAUCCAAAACAUCUGGACAGCGUCCGCCGAUCCAAACAUCUGGACAGCAUCAGCCGAUCCAAACAUCUGGACAGCAUCAGCCGAUCCAAACAUCUGGACAGCAUCAGCUGAUCCAAACAUCUGGACAGCGUUCGCCGAUCCAAAACAUCUGGUGGACCCCAGCUGUUGAUGACAUCAUCAUUCAAACAUUUUCUCUGUAUCUUCUUGGUUUAUUUUUAACAGAGACCUUUUAUGACGUUCUGUUUGUGUUGAAGUCGUUUCCUCGUGUGCGACAGUAAACAUGAAUGACCUCAGUAGUCAUGUGAUCCACGUGUCAUACGUGAUGUCUGGCUUCAUGUAUGAUCUCACAUUGUUUUUACACGUGAAACCAAACUCUGUACAGAAAACAGCUGAUUUUCAAGCUGUUGGUUUGUGUUGUAUAAAAACCGUUGCUCUGUUCAGUUUCAUGAGCGGAGCCGCUGUAAGAACACGUCUGUUUAUUUCAUCACUAACAAACUACAGGUGCCCAGAGUGGACACGUGAACUGAGCUUUUUUUACACGGUUCCACUGAAAAUAAACCUUUUCAUUCAGAUCUUC